AUGUCGUCCACGGCGGCAGUUUGUCCCGCAUGUCAAUUCAGAGCCCUCAUCUCCGGUCUGCGCCCUCCGACCCGACAUUGGCAGGGACCAAGGGGACUGGCUAUGGCCAUGCGACAACGCAGAAAACCAUCCAGGAUGACUCUCAGUCGAGAUGUUGGUCGAUUGGAUUCAGAUAGGAGGGCAGGCAAACAAGACAUCGCGGGGCCUUUUGGUGGAAUGAAUCAAACAGAAGCAAGAUUACCUGCCAGAGCCGCGCCGCGACAAAUACCGUCAAGGGUGCGGAUGUCACUGAGGACGGAAAUGAGGAGACGGAGUGUGCUACAAAAGGCUGCCGGGAAGACAUCAUCUAAUAUCGAAGGGCAAGCGGCCGAAAUCCCUUCGGUCUCCAAAAAGCCCAAGAUUGCCAGCAAAAAGGACAGACCUCUAUUUCAUGCUCUCAAGAUGCAACAGACCCUGGCUCCUCUUUCGUACAGCCAACGAGACAGACUGAAACUGAAGAUAGAAAAGAUUCAAUCAUUUGACGAGUUGGGGUUAAUGCCUUCAGUUGUCAAUGCUGUAUACACACAAGUGCUUCCACAUUUGACAGACUACACACCUACUCCGGUACAAAAGCUCGCGAUCCCUCUGCUGCUCAGCAAAAAUGGAAAGUAUGAGAAACAGAAAUUGGCUGAUGGCAAACCGAACUUCGACCAAUUUCUCCUGGCGGCUGAAACUGGGUCAGGAAAAACGAUGGCUUAUCUCCUUCCGGUCAUUCACGCCGUAAAACAACAAGAAGAGUUGGAUCGAAUUGAAGAAGCCGAACGAGAGGCGCAAGAAUCCAAAGACAAAGAAGAGCGUGAAAAACGUUUUGUCUUCGACGCCGAUCCAUCAGAGACGGAAGAGAACAUCCAUCCGUCAAUGGGCCGGCCACGGGCUCUCAUCCUACUUCCCUCCUCCGAACUCGUCGCCCAAGUCACCAAAGUGGUCAAAUCAAUUGGACAUGCCGUCAAAUACAAAUCUGCGGGAAUAUCCUCCUCCAACAGCCCGACGGUGAUCCGCAACAGAUUAUUCCAUCCCAAUGGCAUUGACAUCCUUGUAUCCUCGCCACACUUGAUUGCCAGCAUUGCCAAAAAGGAACCGAACAUCCUUUCCCGAGUCCAGUACCUUGUCGUGGACGAAGCUGACUCUCUACUCGACCGAUCAUUUAGCGAAACGACCUGCAACAUCAUCGACCGAGCCACACCAUCACUCAAGCAACUAGUUAUCUGCUCCGCCACUAUCCCCAACUCCCUCGACCGCUUUAUCGACCGCCGCUUUCCAGAAUGCAAACGAAUCGUCACACCAAAACUUCACACCAUUCCUCGGCGCGUGCAACUGGGCGCGGUGGACAUCGAUAAGGACCCCUACCGUGGCUCCCGCGACUUAGCCUGCGCCGACGCGAUCUGGACACUGGGCAAAGCGGUGCACGAAGACCUCAACCCGCGACACACGAUCAAACAUUUUCUCGUGUUCGUCAACGAACGGGAGAAAGCUGAGGAACUCGCCCGAUUCCUCGCAUUCAAGGGUAUCGACGCCGUAGCCAUGACGCGCGACACGACCGAACAGCGACAAGCCGAGAUCCUCUCGACCUUCACGUCGGUGGAUCGCGUCGAAGGGACUGAAAAGGAGAAACCCAAAUUAUUCAACGACUUUGUCCCCUUCGACAGCUCGCAAGUGAGCAAAGCGACUCGACGACACUUACCCAACACCAGAGUCCUGGUCACUACAGACCUCGGCUCGCGCGGCGUCGAUACCCUAGCCGUACGCCAUGUGAUUCUCUACGAUGUACCGCACACGACGAUUGACUUUGUGCAUCGUCUGGGCCGUAUGGGAAGAAUGAAUCGUCGUGGCCGGGGCAUCGUGCUGAUGGGACGUCACGACCGAAAAGAUAUUAUUCGGGAAGUCCGCGAGGCCAUGCAUAAGGGCCAGGCCUUGGUUUGA